UGCUGAGUGCUGAGGCUCGAACCCGUGAGUCUGUAAUAAUUAAACCAGUGGAGUUCUUACAUGUUCAGCUGAGAGAGAGAAACCCUAGGUCAAUCGAGGGCCGACGGAGAGAGAGGGAGAGAGAGAGUGAGUGAGUGAGAGAUCUCUGUGUUGGUUGGGACUUGGGGGGGUGGUGGAAAAAUGGCGGAGCAUUUGGCGUCGAUAUUCGGGACGGAGAAGGACAGGGUGAACUGCCCUUUCUAUUUCAAGAUAGGAGCCUGCAGGCACGGCGAUCGUUGCUCCAGGCUCCACACCAAGCCCACAAUCAGCCCCACCCUUCUCCUCUCCAACAUGUACCAGCGCCCCGACAUGAUCACUCCCGGUGUCGACCCCCAGGGCCAGCCCCUCGACCCCCAAAAGAUCCAAAACCACUUCGAGGAUUUUUAUGAAGAUCUGUUUGAGGAGCUGAGCAAGUACGGAGAGAUAGAGAGCCUAAAUAUUUGUGACAAUCUUGCUGACCACAUGGUGGGUAAUGUAUAUGUACAGUUUAGGGAAGAAGAACAUGCUGCAAAUGCACUCCAAAAUUUGACUGGAAGGUUUUAUGCAGGGAAUCCCAUUAUUGUUGACUUCUCCCCGGUGACGGAUUUCCGUGAAGCCACUUGCAGGCAAUAUGAGGAAGAUAUAUGCAAUCGAGGUGGCUAUUGCAACUUCAUGCAUUUGAAAAAGAUUAGCAGAGAGCUGAGGAAGCAAUUAUUUGGGAGGAGCGGUAGGCGAAGGCACAGCCCAAGUCCACAAGGGCGUGACAAUCGUGAAGAGCGUCCACAUGGAGGCGGCCGUGGUUAUGGUGGUAGGAGAGGUGAUGACAGAGAUCGCCGCCAUCAUGACAGGGGGAGGAGGCCUAGAAGCAGGAGUCCAGGACGAAGAGGACGAAGCAGAAGCCCUAGGGAACAGAGAAAUAGGAGCCCAGUUAGGGAAGGCAGUGCUGAGAGAAGAGCAAAGAUUGAACAGUGGAAUAGGGAAAGGGAACAAGCCGCAUCUGCUAACAAUGGUGAUGAUGACAACAAUAGCAAUCGCAUUGCACAGAAUGGAGAACAGUACAAUCACCCUCAGCAGCAGGAUGGAGGUUACGACUACUGAUCCAAGUGGCAUUGUGCGAAGUUUUGCAGGUUCAGGUAUUCCUGCUGCAAGGAUUGAGCCUCAUUUUUUAUGGCAGCUUACCAUGUAAUUUAUAUACAGGUUUGGUGUAAUUGUCUGCAGAGCAAGUUUACACGAUCAGACAUGUUUAGGUGCCAGAACUGAAGCUGCUCUCCGCUUUUAAACUGAUGACUCAAUGAAGUUCAUUUGCCACAAUGUGAUCGUUGUCAUGUAUCUUUCGGUUAUUAGCCGUUUAGUUCGAAACAACAGCAGUUCUGCAUUUACCACUCUUUCAUCAAGAACCCUGUGUGUAUUGUUCUUUGGCUUCUAUGUUAUGGUUUGUAAUACGCCAAAUGCAACAAUGAAAAUCCGCCAACUUAUGUUGUUUCUUUUGGAGAGAUCUAUCUACGUGCAUGGUGAUAUGCUUUGUGGUUU